AUGGAUCCGUCGCUCCAGCGCACGUUCCGCGGCCACAAGUCGGGCGUCGCCGCCUUGGCGUACGGCCCGCAGGCGCGGCAGCUAGCCUCUGGCGCCAUGGACUGCUCCGUCAUGGUCUGGAAUUUCAAGCCGCAGGUCCGCGCCUUCCGCUUCCUCGGUCACAAGGGGCCGGUCUUUGACGUGCAGUUUGCGCCGUCGGGCGAGCUCCUCGCGUCCGGGUCCCAAGAUCGCACCGUGCGCCUAUGGACGCCGACGGUCAAAGGCGAAUCGCACACGCUGAAAGGCCACGUCGGCGGCGUGCGCAGCGUUGCCUUCUCGUACGACUCGACCGAGCUCCUCACGGCGUCGGAUGACAAGUCGAUCAAGAUGUGGUCGCUUCCGACGCGCCGCUUUGUGUGCUCGUGGAAUGGCCACAGCAACUGGGUGCGCUCGGCGCGCUUUAGCCCGGACGCGCGCCUCCUCAUUUCUGGCAGCGACGACAAGACGGUCAAGCUCUGGGACAAGGCGACCCGCAACUGCAUCACAACGUUCUAUGACCAUAGCGGUAUCAUCAACGCCGUUCGCUUCCACCCGGAUGGCACGACGGUCGGCGCCUGCAGCUACGACCACAGCAUGAACCUCUGGGACAUUCGAUCCCAGAAGCUGAUCCAGCACUACCCCGCCCACGAAGGCAACGUGACGGGCUUGGACUUUCAUCCGAACGGGUACUACUGCCUCUCGACGUCGGUCGAUGGCACGAUCAAGCUAUGGGACAUCCGCGAAGGCCAUCUCCUCUACACAAUGCACGGGCACACAGGCGCAGUGAACGCCGCCGCCUUCUCGCCCGACGGCAAGAGCACCGCGUCGGGCGGUGUCGACGCGCUCGUCAUGGUGUGGGACACGGACUUGGACAAGUGCCUGCACGCGCACGAGCCGCAGUAUCCGCAGGCGCUGCCCAAGUCGCACGUGCUGCGUCACGCGCCACCGGAAGCCACGGUGAAGGCGCCGCCGUACUCUCCGCGUCGGCAGUCGCCGCCCCGCGUGGCCAGGGCACGGGAGACACCAGUGUACGCGCCGCCUCCGGUGCCGAUCUCGAUUCAAAACAACUCGCAUGAUUUCUGCAACCCAUCCGCGAUCCGGUACGACCCUGUGCCCCGCGACGCCGGUAUCCCCAAAGACGCCAGCACCUACCAACAGCCCAGGACGCCGACCAGCAACAACAACCAGCACCACCACCACAGUAGCAACCACCUCUAUGAUCAGAACGGCGUUGUGUACGAGAUGCCAACGGCAAACGAGCGCAAGGACGAGAGUCGACACGUGGUGUCGUCCAAGCCACCGAGUUCUGACGCCCGGCUACCCGAGAACCUCAGCGCGACCCCCUCGAAGCGCCUUGUCCAACCCACGCGACCGACACAAGUCCGCACUAACAAGAAGCACGCGUAUGCUACAGUUUAG